UUUCUCUGUGGCUCUUCUCCUUCCCGGCGAAGCGAGUCACACUCUUCCAUGGACUCCUCUCUACUCUCGGCGGCUACGGCCGAUACCUUCAACGGCAAUGCGACGGAUCAGAUUCCUCCUCCGUCGCAACCUCCGGGCACGGAUAUGACUGGAAUAUCCUUCAGGGAUCAGCUCUGGAUCAAUUCAUAUCCUCUUGAUCGUAACUACAUCUUCGAUUACUUCGCUUUGUCUCCCUUCUACGAUACAACCUGCAACAAUGAGAUUCUUCGGAGAAGAUCCAUUCACCCUCUCGAUCUCUCUCACCUCUCGAAGAUGACAGGACUUGAGUAUAUGCUAACUGAUGCUACUGAACCUAACCUGUUCGUCUUCCGUAAGCAGAAGAGAGAUGGUCCUGAGAAAGUCACACCCAUGCUAACUUAUUAUAUCUUGGAUGGUUCUAUAUACCAAGCUCCUCAGCUUUGUAGUGUCUUCGCAGCUCGUGUUAGUCGGACUAUUUAUAAUAUAUCCAAGGCUUUCUCUGUUGCUGCAUCGAAAUUGGAGACCAUUAGACAAGUUGAUACUGAAAACCAGAACGAACCCUCUGAGUCGAAGCCUGCUAGUGAGACAGUUGAUCUAAAAGAAAUGAAGCGAGUUGAUGUCAUUCUUACCUCGUUAUACCGAAAGUUAGCACCAGCACCCCCACCGCCACCGUUUCCUGAAGGUUAUGUUAGCCAAGAAGCAUUAGGAGAAAAGGAAGAGCUUGGAACACAGGGAGGAGAGUCACAACCGCCUCAAAUUGAUCCUAUUAUCGAUCAAGGUCCGGCUAAAAGAAUGAAAUUAUAAGCUCAUUAAGAUUGUUUUCAUCUAUGCAUGUAUAGAAUUUUUAGGUACUAGCAAAGGCUCUUCUACUUUUUUUCGCAUCGUUUAAUUUGAACUCGUUACACAAUUGUCGACCUGAUUACUUCUCAUAAAUUUUCGCUACA